UAGUAUAUGAAUAAUAUGUUUGUAAUUUCAGGGAGUGCGACCUUUGCCCUGUUAGCAUACCAGUCGCUGUCAUCAGGUGGCCAGUUCUUUCUACGACAGAAGAUUAACACGGGGCUAGUUUUAACCUGGGCUUUGAGACUAGGGUCGUAUUUAGUAACUAGAAUAAUGAAAGAUGGAGAAGAUAAAAGGUUUAAUAACGUGAGAGAUAAACCAAGUAUCUUCUGGAUCUACUGGACAAUCCAAGGUGUAUGGAUAUUUAUCACUCUACUACCAACUUUAAUAGUGAACAGUAAACAACGUGAUAGAGAUCUAACUACUAAUGAUUAUAUAGGCUGGGCGAUCUGGGCUCUAGGAUUCUUCUUUGAAGCUGUUGGGGAUUACCAGAAAUCAGUGUUCCGAGCAAACCCUGAUAAUGCAGGUAAAUUUAUCAGCACUGGUUUAUGGAGUAUUUCCAGACAUCCAAAUUAUUUUGGUGAAAUUUUAAUGUGGUUAGGAAUCUACAUAUCGUCUACUUCCGUUCUAAAAGGUGUUGAGCAUAUUGGAGUUAUCUCUCCUGUGUUUGUAGCCUAUCUGUUAACGCGAGUUAGUGGAAUACCUCUACUAGAGAAAUCCUCGGCUAAGCGAUGGGGUUCAUCACCAGCUUAUCAACAGUACGUUAAAUCCACAGCUAAACUUAUUCCAUAUAUUUUCUGAAUUAACAAUGAACGAUCUCGGGUUUCCCAAUUUUGUAUAUUACAAGAUGUCCUCUAAUUAUUAUUUUUUUUUAUUGUUCUGGAAUUGUUUAUAAUAAAAGUUUACGAAUUAAA